AUGCGUUCCCUUCUUGUUCUUCUCGCUGUUGUCGUCGCCGCUUACGCCGUCGUCGUACCACCAGCAAAAUACGCCAGCACUGCUGAAUGCAUUAUGUGCGAAAUCGCCGUUAAGGAAGCUGACCAACCAGCCGACAAGGACCUUAAGGCUAUCGAAAACGACUUCAUCAAGGAGUGCGAAAAAAUUAUCCCAGGAAAGCUCGGUAAAAUGGAAUGCCAAAAGUACGCCAACAAAGAAUUAGGAGGAAUCAUCAAGGAGUUAGAAUCCGGAACUGCUCCAUCUGAUGUCUGCCACAAGAUCCACUCCUGCCCUAAGUAG